AUGGAAACAAGUGAGGGGUUUACAUUCACAAGAAAAACAUCAAACAAAGGCGCAAAUUUAGCAUUUACAAAAAUAGAAUCUUCUAAGAUGCAGGAGAAGCACAAUAUGAAUCAUGAUUUUGUAUUUAAUAGGCUGAGGCCAAACACUACAGUAAAUCUGCACAGGACUAACACACAACCAAAAAGAACAAACAAAAAGAAUUCUAAAGAUUACCAUGUAACAGGAACAGUGGAGCAUAACGAGCAGAAAAACCCACAAAUAACCAUCACAAAGAAGAAUACAAUGAAGAAGACGGAUAAGAAGAAGACAGCAAGUAAAAAGAGUGAAGCAAAUCCAGAGGAAAGUACCAUACAGUAUAAUGUUGUAAAAAAGAGAAAAACAAUUAGAUUGGACAAGAGCAUAGACCUUUCAUCAGGAUCAAUAAUUGUGGAAACCCCAAAAGAUUCCUGUCUCUCAGAAGAGACACUAAGAAUUGAUAUACCUGUGAUCAAAGAGAAGAUAAAGUCACAUGAAAUCUAUAAGAACGUUUCCACACAUAAUAUUAAUGAGCUGAUUAAAGAAUGCAUAGCCUUUCUGAAUGACAAUUCACAGUAUGCAAGAGAAGUAAUAAAACAUUGCGAUGCCAACUAUUUUUCUGAUAUUGACUAUAGAAAAGAAAUUGAAGCAACCAACAAUAGGAUUGAGCAGAUCAGGAGUGAAAUAGGAAAGUGGGAAGAUGUAUUUGAAAAAGCAAAAGCGUCAAAUAACAUUGAUGUUAAAGUGUUGAAUACGGCCACACCCGAAAUUCAGUUUAACAAAGAUGCAAUUGCUAUUGAGUUUGAGGAAAAGGCAAGCAGGCUAAGAAUACUUGAUGAGAAGUUAAGAUACUUUUUUGAACAUGCAAAAGAGAAAAGUGAGAAUCUGCUAAAAAGCGUUUUCGGCUCACUUGAAGAUAAAAAUGUGGAUGCAUUAUUUCUAUUAAAAGCUAUGAGCAGACUGGGCAGGUAA